GUUGGGGUUACUUGUGUCUUCCCCAUUGACUUGGCAAAGACCAGGUUGCAGAAUCAGAGACAAGGUCAGCAGGUCUACAAGAGCAUGAUGGACUGCCUUAUCAAGACAGUUCGAUCAGAGGGGUACUUUGGCAUGUACAGAGACUUGGGUCCCCCUGGGAUAUUGAAGGCUAGCCGAUAAGGCGCAGCCACGCUGGAGGCAAAUCAUAUAAUGGUUCUUACAAUAUUGCUCUAUUUAAAACUAUAGGCACAAGUGUUUGUUUUGCCAUCUAUUUGUUCUGUAUUUUGACUUCUUGUUAAUAACUACUUGGCUGUCUCUUCCCUGUCCUUUCAACUCGUACAUCCUCAUUUUUUCCGACUGUAUAAAGUGUGUCCUUGCAGACUUUGGUUGCUCUUGAAAAUGAAUUUGUGGCGAACUAAAGUUUUUAUUUUAGCUAGUCUCACAGAUCAGUUUUUAAGUUUUUCUAAAGUCUGCACACACAGUACAUGCACAAGGAUUCUGUCUGUCCUUUCACUAACAUCUAUGGAUUUCUCUUGUCUGUUGUCAUUAACCUACCUACUGAGUUGUAGUCUUUCAAUAGAAACACAGAUUUCCUUUCUUUAAAUGUUCUCUAUGUAAAGUGGGCCCUUUUUUUUUUUUUUAAUCAUAAACUGACUCGCUGUACUUCAUAGAUGUGGUGUGUGUGCAUCUUUCUGUGGAUAUUCAUCACCCUCCUCAUUUCUUGUCUUUUUGUCUUGCUUGUUCCUCAUUUAUCUUUUUCUGAAACUCAUUUUCUAUGUAAUUUCCUUUUGACAUAACCCCCUUCACCAUUAUGACUGAAGUUACUCCAAAUUGAGAAUUUGUCCUGUCUUUUGGAACGUAGCUAUACGCUGGGCUUCUUAAAAUGAUAAUCUUGUAAUGGUAGUGGCAGGGAAUGUUUUUGUCUGUUCUCAAUGAAGACUGGGUUGGGACUUCUGUGCUAACUGUUUGUUUUCCAUUAGGUGCUGCUGUAAAUUUGACCCUAGUCACCCCUGAGAAGGCAAUCAAGCUGGCUGCUAAUGACUUCUUCAGACAUCACCUCUCCAAGGACGGAAAGGGCCAGACGGUGUUCAAAGAGAUGCUGGCAGGUUGUGGUGCAGGCAUGUGCCAGGUUGUUAUCACCACCCCCAUGGAAAUGCUCAAGAUACAGCUACAGGACGCAGGCAGACUUGCGGCCCAGCAGCAAAAACCCGUCAUGAUGUCUCCCACCAAGCUUGUGGCCACGAACACCAUGCUCAGCCGCUCCUACAACUCUGGAACGGUGGCCUCAGCACCACGAGCUGUGUCUGCCACACAGAUAGCAAAGGACCUCCUCCGUACACAGGGCAUCCAAGGGCUCUACAGAGGGCUGGGGGCGACACUGAUUAGGGAUGUUCCCUUUUCUAUUGUCUACUUCCCGUUGUUUGCCAACCUGAACCGCCUUGGCAAACCCAGUCCUGAGGAGUCAUCGCCCUUCUAUUGGGCUUUCCUCUCUGGCUGUGUGGCAGGUUCUACUGCCGCUGUGGCGGUUAACCCCUGUGAUGUGGUGAAGACUAGACUGCAGUCACUGAACAAAGGGUCCAGUGAGGAAGCUUACAAUGGAGUUGUGGAUUGUGUAAGUAAAAUAAUGCAGAAGGAGGGGCCCUCUGCCUUCCUGAAAGGUGCUGGCUGUCGAGCUCUGGUCAUUGCUCCUCUGUUCGGCAUUGCACAGGUUAUGUACUUCGCUGGCAUUGGCGAAUACAUCCUGGACAACUCACCUCUGAACCUCCUUUUGGCAUGAGAGCAUAUCAACUUGCUGGCAGGCUAUGCAUAGGACCAUCUGAGCGUAAAUGGUGGAACAACUGGCAGCUACAUACCAUCAGUUUACAGCAAAAGAAAAUCGCACAAGUCUUGUCUGAAUAAGUCAAAGGCUUAUGAAGACUUCUGUGUGGUCUGACAGCUGUGUUGCACUCUAACACUUUUGUGACUUAUUCAGUAGGCUAUAGCCAAUGUUUGCACUUAAAGCGUUUAGCCUUACUGGGCUGGGGGACUCAGAGUUGCAGUGUUAUUCUUUUUGUCCUUGACGGUCCUCUUCUGUUUCCCUCUGUGAGGGAGGGGAGCUCACUCCAUCAAAGAACCAGACCUAUUUUUAUGUUUUCUUCCUUGCUAUCACUUUCCAUAUUUUUUUUGUUUUUUAUGCAUAUGCUAGUUUUAUUUUGAAUUGCUGAAUGCAGCAGCUUUGCAGUACUUUGUAUGUUUUGUCUUUUUCCAUUUUCUGUCUCAUGUUACAAUUCCUUCCAAGUUAGAACAAAGGUUUAAAAUGGGGGACACAUGGGGCCCAAUAUAACAAUUCAUUGCAAAGGGAUCAUUUUACAUUAUCAGUUUGAAUAACCUUGAAUACCACUGAUCAUGAACCAUCCUACUGACAUGGGACCAUAUGGUCUGCCAAACCAUAACCGUGUCCUGUUAUAUAUUUAAUGUUAGUCCUAUAGUUGUUAGUAGUCUGUGAACUGCAGUGUUUGUAUCUUAAUACCUGCAAAAAAAACUUGAGAUGCAUUCAUGCACACUAUGUAUGUUUGUCCACAUAACGUUACAUAUGCAUACCAGAACCUCAAAAGACUUUCUUUGGUUUAUGCCUUGACAGAGCAGACUGACAUUUCUCUCUGAGCAAACACUCUUAGCCAAAAAAAGCAUUAUUACUGUGACUGAGCGAGAGAAAGAUGACUGUUACCAUAUGUUGUGUUUGUAAAGGGUUUUUGUACAUACCAUUAAACUUUGCAAUGCACUCA